UGCUCCUGGGGCUGGUCUGAUUGGAGGGAAACCCCGUGGAUUAGCCCUACCGCCCGUGAGAAUCAGCUGCGAGCCGCGGUUAGCAUAGCUCCGACAGGACCAUCGUUAUUGCCCGACACUCAGCACUGAGCAGCCAUGGACAAGAGCGAGCUAGUGCAGAAAGCCAAGCUGGCCGAGCAGGCAGAGCGCUAUGAUGACAUGGCUGCUGCUAUGAAGGCUGUCACUGAGGGUGACAUUGAACUGUCUAACGAAGAACGCAAUCUGCUCUCAGUGGCUUACAAGAAUGUGGUAGGGGCCCGCCGCUCCUCCUGGAGAGUGGUCUCCAGCAUCGAGCAGAAGACAGAGGGCAGUGACAAGAAGCAGCAAAUGGUCAAGGAAUAUCGGGAAAAGAUCGAGAAAGAGUUGAAGGAGAUCUGCAAUGAUGUACUGGUUCUUCUGGACAAGUAUCUCAUCCCAAAGGCGACCCCAGCUGAAAGUAAAGUCUUCUAUCUGAAAAUGAAAGGCGAUUACUUUCGCUACUUAGCAGAGGUGGCUGUGGGAGAGGAGAAAGCCUCUAUAAUUGGCAAUUCACAGGAGGCCUACAAGGAUGCCUUUGAAAUCAGUAAGUCAGAGAUGCAGCCCACACACCCCAUUCGUCUGGGCCUGGCUCUCAACUUCUCUGUAUUCUACUACGAGAUUCUCAACUCACCCGAGCAGGCCUGUAAGCUUGCCAAAACGGCUUUUGAUGAGGCCAUUGCAGAGCUUGAUUCGCUGAAUGAAGAAUCAUACAAAGACAGCACAUUGAUCAUGCAGCUAUUGCGGGACAACUUGACACUGUGGACGUCAGAUAACCAGGGAGAUGGAGAGGACACCGAGGAAGGGCGGGAAAACUAAGUCCUGCUUUAGCCGUCCUUCCCCUGUUAUUCACCUGC